CGGCCCGGCCCUUCCCCUGGCCCCCGCGCCCCGAGGAUGGCAGCGCUGCCCGCACGAGUGGCUGGCGGCGGUGUCCCUCCUCUUUUUUUUUCCGGCAGCGGCGGUGGCGGCGGCAGCAGCGGCGGCAGAUCAUUGUUGUGUGGGAGGAGGGCGGCGGGGAUGGACUUGAUCUCUCGGGUCUCCUGCUAAGGCGGCAGCACAGCGCGCCCCGCCGCCCAGCCAGCGCCGCGCCGGGCAGGGAGGGACCGGCCCGGCCCCCCUCCCGCUCUCCGGCUCUUUAUUUUUAGGGGGCUCUGCUGCUCCUCUCCCUCUCCCUUAUCUCCCCCCCACCCCCUCCCCGCCCGCACACACGCACAGGGACACGCACGCACCCUCCUCCGGUGCCCUUUCAUCCUUCCCCCCCUCCGUCCUCCCGCGCCGUCUCCUGCCGCGGCAGAUGCGCCGCGGGUCACCGCGCAGCUGGGACUAUGGUGAAAUUUCCAGCGCUCACUAACUACUGGCCCCUGAUCCGGUUCCUGGUCCCUCUCGGCAUCACCAACAUCGCCAUCGACUUCGGGGAGCAGGCCUUAAAUAGGGGCAUCGCUGCUGUCAAGGAAGAUGCUGUGGAAAUGUUGGCCAGCUAUGGGCUGGCAUACUCCCUGAUGAAGUUCUUCACGGGUCCGAUGAGUGACUUCAAAAAUGUAGGUCUGGUGUUUGUGAACAGCAAGAGAGACAGGACCAAAGCAGUUUUGUGCAUGGUUGUGGCUGGCGCUGUAGCUGCUGUAUUUCAUACUUUAAUAGCAUAUAGUGAUUUGGGGUAUUACAUUAUUAAUAAACUGCACCAUGUGGAUGAAUCAGUGGGAAGUAAAACUCGGAGGGCCUUCCUUUAUCUUGCUGCCUUCCCUUUUAUGGAUGCCAUGGCAUGGACCCAUGCUGGGAUUCUGCUGAAACACAAGUACAGUUUCCUAGUGGGAUGUGCCUCCAUCUCAGAUGUCAUAGCUCAGGUUGUUUUUGUAGCCAUUUUGCUUCACAGUCACUUGGAGUGCAGGGAGCCUCUCUUGAUCCCAAUCUUGUCCUUAUACAUGGGAGCACUUGUUCGAUGUACCACGCUCUGCCUUGGAUACUACAGGAACAUACAUGAUGUUAUUCCUGACAGAAGUGGGCCUGAAAUGGGGGGAGAAGCUACAAUAAGGAAGAUGCUGAGUUUCUGGUGGCCUUUGGCAUUAAUUUUGGCAACUCAGCGAAUAAGUAGGCCCAUUGUCAACCUCUUUGUCUCCCGGGACCUAGGUGGCAGUUCUGCAGCCACAGAGGCAGUGGCGAUUUUGACAGCUACGUAUCCUGUGGGACACAUGCCCUAUGGCUGGCUGACAGAGAUCAGAGCUGUAUACCCUGCUUUUGACAAGAAUAACCCCAGCAAUAAACUGGUGAACACCAACAGCACCGUCACAGCGACACAUAUCAAGAAGUUCACUUUUGUUUGCAUGGCAUUGUCCUUAACGCUCUGUUUUGUGAUGUUUUGGACGCCAAAUGUGUCAGAGAAGAUUUUAGUUGACAUAAUUGGAGUAGACUUCGCUUUUGCAGAGCUGUGUGUCGUUCCUUUGCGCAUCUUCUCCUUUUUUCCACUUCCAGUGACUGUCAGAGCACACUUGACUGGUUGGCUGAUGACUCUGAAGAAGACAUUUGUGUUGGCACCCAGCUCAGUGCUGCGGAUUAUUGUCCUCAUCACCAGUCUCAUCGUGCUGCCUUACUUAGGAGUUCAUGGAGCCACUCUUGGAGUAGGAUCCCUUCUCGCUGGUUUUGUAGGAGAAUCCACCAUGGUUGCAAUAGCGGCCUGUUAUGUCUAUAGGAAACAGAAAAAGAAGAGGAAUGAGAAUGAGACAGCUGCAGAAGGUGAAGACUCUGCAAUGACCGACAUGCCUCACACGGAGGAAAUGACAGACAUCGUAGAAAUGAGAGAAGAGAAUGAAUAAUGGGAUGCAAUUGUUCUCUGCAGGGACGAUUGGAGUGACGCUUUAGCAUCUUGUCGUCUCUCAUACUUUUUUGUUUGUUCGUUUUUAUUUUUGUAAUAAAGAGGCCUUGAUUUAAAAGGUUUCAGAUAAAUUCUCUAGCAUACUGAGUAUGCUCUCACUGAUGAGGGACCUAAAAAGAGGUCUUUGCUUCUUUUUUUUUUUUUUUUUCCUUCCCAAUUGAAUUUUUUUUUCUCACUCCAUGCAAGCAUAAAAGAUACAAUUGCAUCGCUGUAGAGUCUUCCUUACUUAUGCAUCCACCUUCUCUGGACAAUCUGCAUUUGUCAACCAAAGCCCUGUUCCUGUGCGCCUGUGUGUGUGUGGAUCUCGCACACGCACACCGCCAUGUGCCACUGGCUCAAUGCUACUGCCAUAACCCCACUCCCUCUCCUCUCUCCUUUUCCUUCCUUUUCUUCAUGAGAAAUGGAAAAGAAGUUUGGAAUACAGAGCUUUAUUUUACUUGCUUGAAAAUGACUUUGCUACAUAAACUAAUAUACUAUGGUGAACUUUAUCUUUUUGUUUGGCCUCAUCACUAGAGCUUAUACUGCACAGGGUACAAGACAGGGAGGAAUGUGGGAGUCUCCCCAUAAAAAAGCGGAGAAAAACAGGUUCCUCUCUCAUGUUGAAAGUGUGUGGAUGUGUAUAUACACACACAGGUACAUGAACAGAGACAUACAUAUAUAUAUUUAUAUAUAUAUGCAUAUGAUAAAAUACAUACAGGACAAGAACUCUAUUUAGCUUUCAUUCCAUCUGAAGGAUAGUAAUCUUUUGAAAAAUAUAAACAUUUAAUUCAGAAUUUUCUUAAAUCAUUAAGUCCCACCUUACAUAUAAUUUUCUUUAGGAAAAAAAACAUGCACUUUCCUCUUGUGAAGAGGGUGAUGGCAACUGAUAGACUUUGACUGUAUUUGAAUAAGACAAAAAUAAAUAUUGACAAGCUUUACCAAAGUUCUUGUCCACUGAUCUAACUUUAAUUUUUAAAGGUUGUUUUGUUCUCUAUAAUUAUUUCUGGUGCCUCUAUAUUGGAAAAGAAUAAGAUCAGAUGAUGAAUGCAGGAUACCAUUCUAGAUAACAUUACUACACAUGAAAUUUUUUAUAUAGAGAUGUACACAUACUCUCAUGUGUGUGCAUGUGUACAUAUACUUCUAUACACAUGCACACACACACACAAAUGUAUGUUUUGCUAUAAUGUAUUUACCUAUGCAGUAGAUCAAAAUCCAUAUGGCGAAGCUCAAGUACUGAUGCUGAGAAUGAGGGACUUUGAUGAUCUGUUGGCUCUCAGGGCAGCGUUGUGUGGGAGCGAGGAGCCGUUCACAUCACAGCCCUGCGUAACUGUGCGCUCCACAUGCUUGUGGCUGGAGUGCGCCUUAAAUAACAGUGUGAGGUCGGGUGGGAGACUCAGGUUGGGUGGAAAUGAACCCUGUGAAAGAGGUGAGGGAAGCAGGGAGGUUUUGGGAGUCACCUAUGCUGCUGUGGCAGCAGUUUGUGUUUUUGUGCUCUUCUGUGUUUGGCUGCGGGGCAGCACUUGUUACUGGUCUGUCGUAGCUUGGAUCCUUUCAGAUUUAAUCAUGUCAGAGUCUGGAAACCAUUAUCCUCCAUCCUAUAUCCAUAAAUCAGUUAAUUUAAACCUUAUUUAGUAAAAGUAUAUUUUUCUAAGUUGUGGAAAUUAUUAUUUAAUUGUGGACAAAUUCUGUUUCUAGAUUUAUUUACCAGGUAGUCCCAGCAGUCAGAGAACUGAUCAAAACUAAACAUUACGUUAAAUGUUUUAUCAGUAUAUGUGUAUGUAGACAUACACACGUGUAUAAAUAUAUAUAUAUUGUAUAUUAUGUACAUUUAUUUUAGACUACCAUACGUUUCCUAUUUUUCCAAGCUCAGCUAAAAAUGUCUCUACAAAACUACUGAGUUGACUAGUAACCAGUUAUGGCCAUCAUGAAAAGCAUUGUAUCAAUGAACUUUAUGUUUUAUUGGAAAGAUUUGUACUAAUUUGUUACAUGUGCAAAUAUAAUAAGAAAAAAAUGUAGAAAUUACUGUGUUAACUGAUAGAUUUGCAAAAUCAGUUUACUGUUAAUGAGCAGUAGCACUAGGAGGGUAAGACUAAAACCAUGUUUGCUGUGUCACCACAGAGUAAAUACUUUUUGACAGUAGUUUAAAACAAAUUCUUUUUUUAAAACCCUCAGACAAAUUAAUGUGUACAGGAUGUAGACUGUACACAUUCAUGAAUAUAGAUUCUCAAACAGUCAUAUGUAUAUAAUGUGUAUAUAGAUAGUUACAGGUCACAGUGGCCAUUUGAGGUCUCCUCUAUUCAUGUAGUUUUGAUUUCUUCAGUACAUUUGUCUCCAAGUCCACAAGAUGCAGUUUUUCAGGAACUGUAGAGAUGAAGCAGGAAAAUAUUUUUGUGUAAUAUUUCUUUUGGUACAUGAUUAAAAUUCAAACAGCAGUAUUUUUGAAGAAUUUUGAGCAUUACCAGUGUCUGUUUCAAGGUAAUGAUUGCACCCAAAAGUAAAAAUCUGAAAACAAAGGGUAACACUGAGGCUCAUAUUUUAGAUAAAAUAUGAACAAUUAUAAAAAAAUUAAUUAUUGGUCAUACAGAGCUAAAUUAAUGGUACUAUAAAAGAUAAAAUUUCAAUUGUGUGUGUAAUACUUACUAGUCUUUUACUUUGCAAGAUACUGAAUGAGCACAGGAGUGGUGGGAUUUGGGCCAGAAUUGAAGCAGUGACUUAAGGACAUGUGCAUUGCAUCUCUUUCUACUUCCUGCAGGUCAUGUAUUUCUUUACAUUUCUCUGCUGGAUGAACAAAAUGUGAUGACAUUUCUGCAGGGAGGGGUCCUAGCCAGCCCCUUGUGCUGGCCCAGGUGCUCGCUGGUGGGCAGACAGGGUGUUCAGCCAGGAGGGAGCUCUCCCUCUGUCCCGUGCAGACACUGGGCUUGCUUCUGAGACUGCUGCUCCCUUUUAGUGGCAAAUUGAGCUGGGCUGGUGAAGCAGCCAGUGUGAUGGGCUGCAAGAGGGGAGGGGGCAGACAUCCUCUGUGGCCAAAGUCCCAGUCAGAGCAUCACCCAUAGUGUCUCUAUCAGGUAGAUGCUGGUAGUACAUGCCCUGUCCUGCACUUCUUCCUUUCAUAAAGUUCUUCCUUGAGUUCUAGUAAAAUGGCUUAGCUGUGUCUCUCUUGUGCUGUUGCUUAUGAAAUGGCUGUCUAUCUCUGUGGUAAUUAUUCUGCAAUAGAAACCAUCCUGUGUCUGUGUCAGAGGGCUAGGGCACCGUCAUCUCAAUGAAUUCAUGUGGAGACCUGGCCUUUCCAGACUGAUUUACACAAUGGAAGUUACAAUAAAAAGAGAAGGAGAGUUGAUCUGCAUCUUGUACUGCAGAGCAGCUCACACAGUGGGAAAUAGGAGCAGAACACCAAUAAUCUGUGGAUUAACGUUCCCCGGCUUUUAACAAGUACAUAAAGUUGUGUUAAUGUGUCUUGAGCUUUCCUUUUCCAGAGCUAAGAGAAAACACGGCAGGUUUUUCCCCCUGCCUGCGCAGAGCAGGCUGUCACGCCCAGGCAGCACUCGAUGGACAGAGCUCUGCAUUUCCCAGCAGUGCCCGCAGCCCUUGGGGUGCAGCCGCGGUUUCCCAGCCCCGCUCCCGUCCCCUCUGGCACGGCCGCUCCAGGCAGGAGGGCUCAGUCCCGCUUCUUUAGAUAGAGCCGCCCUAAGUGAGAGCACUGGGUAAGUAACAGAGAAGUCUUUUUGUUUUCUACUCAUUCUGCUGCGAAGUUUUUCCUUUGAGCAGGAGGUUUAUGUCUGGCUCUCGCUCGGUGUUUGGCCGAAUUGCAGGCAGAGAGAAGCAGCCCCAGACGGAGGCUGCCUGAUGAAUGCGGCUUUUUCAGGGCGGGCCACGGCCCUGGAACAGAAACCUUUUGAAGGCAGGAGCGCCUUCUUUUGUGGGAUGGCGCCUCGUGCUUCAAAAGAAGGGAGAAAGGACGCUUUCAGAGCUGGGCAGCCAGAGGCGUCGGGCAGAUUUUGUGUUGGGCUGCAAGGUGGCAGGGGGAGCGGAGCAUCCUGCAGUUCCAGCAUCCCAGCCCCGCCGCUGGCGGAGCGCAGGACAGGGUGGGCAUGGCCGGGCGGCAGGACGGGCUCCGCCUCUCCCCGAGGGCUGCGGCUGUGGCAGUGCUGGCAGAGGCUGGAGUGCAGCUGGUUUGUUCCUGGGGCCUGUGGCAGCAACCCUUGGAAAGCCGCGCACACGUGUACGGGGGUGCAUAGGACAGUGCUGCGCAGGCAAGUUUGUUAAUGACCUUUGAACAGUUCUUGGAACAAGGGUUCAAGUCUAAACAUGAUCUCAAUGUGGGACUAAUACUAAGCCAUUUUUUUAAAAUUGCAAUUUAAGCUACAUGAAAGAGUAAAUGAAACAGCAGACCUUAUACCAUUAGACUGCAUGACUUACAUUAGUGAGCUGGAAUUGGAGAGAAAGAGGACGUUGUAAUCUUACAGAUAUUGUAUAUCCCUCCUAAAUGGUGUGGAGGUGAGGGAAUCAGAGGGCAGAAAACACUAUUUCCCUUUCAGCUGCCCUGAAGAGGGACUGAAGGAUGAGGAGCAGUGUAUCCAUAUAACAUCACUUCUAAGAAUGUUGGUUUCCCAGUAGAGGAGCCUUCAGAGACAGGAGUAUGAAACAUCUUCGAUGAUGAUUCAAGCAGAAAUUAAACAGUGUGCAGGUUUUAUAAUAUGUAGUAAGGAGGCACAACUUGUCUUCCAGUUUCUGAGUAGCUGACAGGGCUGCAUUGGGGAAAUGUCACUUAAGUAUUGAUAAAGCAUGACAAAAUUAUCACAAUUGUAGUAGCAAAUUGGCAUGUUCCAAAUACCAGUUUAACCAUAAAAUGUUAGGAUUCCCUUCCCUUGUUCAUGUUUGGCUUUCUACUAGAGUACAGCAAACUAUCUAUUUUGAAGGGAAUAAGGUCUUGUAGAGGGGUUACAAUGCAGAACAGGCUGUGGGUGCUUGUGGCAGAGUCCCAGGUGGGAAGAGGAGCUCCGAAUUCAUUCUGUGCCCUGCAACACACGGUAUAGCAGCCUGGCAGCAUCAUGAAACCAGGCAGAAUUGUCAGCUUAGCAACAGGUUGGGUCCAAGCGUGGUCGCAAGCUGCAGCAGCCCUGCAGUGCAGCGGGAGGGCAUGGGAUGCAGGGUAGCCCUGGCUCCAGGCUCAGGCAGCUUGUGUGGAUUUGCUUUGGAGAGCCAAGUUCAGUUGUCAGUGCAUAGAUGCAAUCCUCAGCAAAACCACUGCCAGACUUCUCAGUAAUUGGCACCUUCUGAACAAAAAGGCUACAGACAAAAUACGGGGGCAGAGAGAUUGAGCUUUAGGCUCGGCUUGGAGCAGAGACUUGCACAGAAGGGCAUUUUGGCUGCAGCUCCCUGCAAAUUAAUUGUAGGGUUAGAGAGUGAGCUUCAGCCUCAGCAUUUCAUAACCGUGACAUCCAAUCCAUCUCAGUAAAACAGAAGAAUGGAGUAUAUUUCUAGAUGUUCUUUUGUCUAUAAUCCUGAGUGGAAACUUUUCCUUAGUUUUACCAAAUCUUGUCACUGCUCAAAUCGAUUUAUUAGUUUUUCCUCAUUAUUUUCUGUCAUUCCGAGUUCAGUGUCUUCAGACAUUUCCUCAUUUUCUUCUGAAGGUUCCUGCUAGGCUUAUUUUGUCUGUUGGCAUUUUGAGAAGGAAAAUGUAAUCGUCAUGCUGACUGAAUGUCAACUAAUGCUGUGAUUAAAAAGUAGCUUACAAUAAAACUCUUCUUUGAUGGACUGUUUUUUACUUCACAUUCGCUAAGCUGAAAAGGACAACCAGGAAGUAGAAGGAAUUGGGGGACAUCUUUGUCUAAAAUCAAGAAUUAAAUUAGUUAAUUCAAGUUAAAUGAGUUAAUUCAAGUUGAUUUCUUAAGUCCAGCCACCUUGAGACUUCGUAGUGAAAACCUUUACCCAGACUUUUCCAGCAAAGUUAGUGCAUCCCCAGAGCAGCACAGAAUAGUUUGAGGCAUGCAGGUUUUGUAUAUUUCACAACUGAAUGUAUAACAAUGAGUUGAAAAGCCUGAUUAACGGGGGGAAUCCAUUAGGUUUAAAAUUAAUCUGGACAUGAGCAGCCUGGUCCAGUAUCAAAGGUGGCCCUGCUUUGAAUGGAGGAGGACUUUGCAAGAAAACUGCCUGCAAUCCCCUUACAACUUAAAUUGUUCUCUGAGUCAACCAGGAGCCUAGAGAGGUCCAUUCAUCUUAAAGGACUUAAGAUUGCUUGCCUUAUUUUAGGCUUUUGGUUUAGAAUUGAGAGACAGUGCCUAGUAGAGGUCUACAAUGUAGAUAUGUGAGCAAAAAUGUUGAGCUGCACAGAUUGUUUUGCUGAUGACAUAACUUUGGUAUUGCAGAGCCAGAUUUACAGUACCCUCCCACCCUCUGGGAGCCCACAACAAGAGCAAAGCAAAAACAAGCUAUUGUAUCUGCAAAUAAAGUAUUUGAGUACUGUUGUGCACUUCUCCCCAUUAACUCUCUAAGCAAAACUGCCUGGAAACAGCAAGCAAUUGCACUUAUUGCCUGCUUCCUCCCACCUCUCUUCAUGUGCAUCAUUCAGCAUUUAAAAAAAAAGCUACCCUUUCUCCUAACUCCCCUUUGUAAUCAAGGUAAUGCAUAAUAAAUACUUACAUUUACAUAACAGAAUGGCUUGGCCUAUCUGCAAAUGAGAGCAUAUAAAUCCCCUCUUAGGAAAGGAUGCAAAAAUUGGGACAGCAGCUUUAUCCAUAAUUCAGCAAAAAAAAACCCCACAACAGAAAUGCAAAGAAAAGAUUGCAGAACUAAAAAAAAAAAACAUUUCAUUAACUUUUAAGAAGACUACUGCAUGGGUGGCAAGUAAGGUGUAUGUACACAUGCAGAAAACAGCAGAGCUUGGAACUAAUGUUCAUUCCUCAAUUUUGUUGUUUGAUCUUCAAAACAAAUAUAACUCUACUUUUGUGUCUAUUAUAUUAAGCUAUAAUGAAACAAUAGGAAGGCUAUAGGCAAUAAUCUAACUGGUUACUUAGAUCAACUGAUUUUAUCCACCAAGUUUACGAGCACCACAAACUGCAAAAGCAAAAUCUCAAAAAAAAGUAAAGGAUAUCUAUUUUUGUAGAUGACAAUUCCUUGCUUAUUACAUCAACACUUUUCACUUGGCUCAAUAAAAUUAUUUGCAAUAUCUUUGUAUUUUUAAAAAGCACCGGAUGCAAGGCUUAACCUGUGUUUUCAAAUGGCAGAGACAGCUCCCAGAAUCAUAAAGGCAAUCAAGCUCAAAUCAUGUCAGGUUUUGAUCUCUCAUAAUAUUGCUCUGUCUGCUCUCUUAUUUUAGAGAAUUUAGGUUAUUUUGUGGUGUUACUGCCUCCGCUUUAGUUUAGUGAAGCCAAACACCUAUGGAGGGUUUGUGAUAAGAGACUUGAAUUUGGGAUUGCAGGUAGUGUCAAAGCCCGCUGAACUGCUUGUGCUGUUUGGCAGGGCAUUUUACCACCACAGGCCACAGAAAUUCAAAGUGGACUUGACUCUCUAUGGUGGAAUGGCUGAAACGCAUUUCAUGGGGUUUGGCAGAACAGUUUAGCAGCAUUCCCUUUGAGAAAGACUUGUUUCACCUACAUGGGACAGGAAGCUUCUGAGGAGGAGCAUAUGUGAGUGUAGAGGAGGGAGUGUGUGUAUGUGGACAGACAGGUGGCUGCAAAUGAACGAGCUGAAGUGUCUUUUGCAAGCAUCCUGCACCGUGUCAGGACCAUACUGGUGGGCAAAGAGAGCAACGAGUCCUUCAUUUAUCAUCAUUAGUGAAAGUUUCUCUGGCAUUUAAAGGUUACUGGGCAUCUUAGUAGACCCUAGUUACUAGAGAAACACAAACUCUCUAGUGCCAGAAGCACAACAGAGAGCAAACUUUUGGUUGCACCUUUUGCAGUGGAGAAGCCAGGGUCGCACAGCCUGCUCUCUCCAUCUUUGCAGACUCGAGCAGGGCCAGCCACAAGGGAACUCUAGAAGGAAACUACAAACACUGAGCAAAACCUAAAGUACAGAUCAGCAGCUGAGAACUGCUUUGUCUUCAUGGCAGGAAGUCAUCAUGGAGGGAAACAAACUCUGUAGUGGUAACUCCCAGGAAGUCUCAGUUCUGAUGCAGUUUCUGAACUGCAGUUUCAGAAACCUCUGACCAUAUUGUACGAGGUCGGACUGAAGCAUUUGUAACAUGAUAUUGCAAGGACAGAAAGUUCUCCAGUCUCAGAGGGGUGCUGUAUGGAUAACAUUCACUAAUGCUGGUGAAAGAUGCUUGGAUACUACAGGGAGCGGUGUCACGGAAAUGCCUAAAAACUGAAUUCAUAUUUGCAUGUUCUAAUUGUGCCUUUGGGUUCUCUAAAAUUGACUUGUUUUUAGUUUUACAGAAAUACUUUUAGAAUUGAGAGUGAGAAGUAGUGUCUGGAAGCAGCAUCCUAAUUAAAAAAAACAACCCAAAAUCUGAAGACUCUUGCACAGGAGAGAGGGCAAAGGAAGUUUGGGAGCCUCAUCUUUUCCCAGCCUGGCCUUCUAACCAUGGAUUAUUCUGCAGGACAGCAUUUUGUUCUGUACUCAGCAGGCCAACAGUGCUGAAAGAGACAGAAGUAGUAGCUAGCCACACUUUGCCAAAGUUGCCCUGGGAUUAAGGUCAAUUAUCUAUCAACAGAUUUCUGUAGAGAAAAGGCCCCAUUUUUCAGUGUGUUCCUAUAAUUUGAAGGUAAAUCUGAGAACUGGGGAAAUGUAUAUUUCACCUGAGAGAUACCAGUGCGUUUUCAUUUCUUUCAGACAAUCUUUCAGCAUCAGCAUCAGAUUCUUUCUUAGGAUAAAGGUGUCUUUAUGCAAAGCAGUGUGCCUAAUAGCUAUUCUCAACUACUUAAACAAGUCAAUUUUGUAAUAAGGACUGUAGGUGUCAAGCCAGAGCACUGUUUGGAACUACAGUACAGGGAUCCUAGAUUUUAAAUGAAAUGUUACCUCAUGCAUCAUUUUCUAUCAUACUUCUAGAAUUCCAGUUUGUUUAUCUCAAAAUAAAUAUUGCUUUCUGUAAUUUGUACACAUGCUAAAGCUGCUGGUUUCUUUUUUUAAUGAAUGUUUUGCUUUGCUUAAACAUGUGGGAUUUCUUUAAACAAAAAUGAAGGUUAAAACUUUGUACAUUUUUAAAAUGACUGCUAAGGUCAGAAGUAAAAAAGUAUAUGUUGCAUUAAAACUGAGUGCUGUUUAUGUAUUUAACAUAGAUGUACGUUUUUGCAUUGUUAAAAAGAAUGAUCCAUGCUUUCUUUGAGGGGGAUCUGUGCUCCAAUAUUGUCCAAUAGCUUUCAUAUUCUAAUUACUUUAAUUAAAGUUCUAACAGUUUGCAUAUGA